AUGGCUAAUUUGCCUUCGUUUGAUAUGGGAGUUUUGUUUGUUAUUGUAGUGACAGCAACUCUGGCAAAUGGGUCCUUGAUAAGCAGAGAUGUAACAGAGAGAAGAGAUGUGGGCACAUUGAGGCAGGACACUCAAAUCUCUGGACCCCACAGCCCAGUCCAAAGGCGCUCCAAGAGGUGCACCUGCUACACCUACAAGGACAAAGAGUGUGUGUACUACUGCCAUCUGGACAUCAUCUGGAUUAACACGCCAGAACAUACUGUACCAUAUGGCAUGUCCAGUUACCAGAGCUCACCAAGGCUGAGGAGAUCUGCAGGGGUUAGGAACAGGACAGGAGCCAGAGCACAGCGAUGUGUCUGCUCACUGUCCUCUGAUGCUCACUGCAGCCGCUUCUGUAUGCCCAGACCGAGUGGACCACAUGAGAAGGAAACAGCCCCUGCAGUAGAUUUGCCUGCUAAGACUGCACAUGUUACUUAUACUAUAUGAAGACAAAGAGGACUAAUCUGGAUAACAGGCAGUGGAGAAGCAAUCUGACUGUGUCCAAACUGAAGCCCUGUGUGCC